AUGCAAAAGACGAAAGAAGAAUUGAGGAAGCUUAUAGACUCCUACAAAGACUCUCUAGAGUUUUGGAAGAAAAGCCUUUAUUCUGAGGGAGAGGACACAGUUGUAAAGGCUGCAGAAGUAGCGGAGCCAUUACAAGAAAUGUCAAAGUUGGCUGCUCUCAUCAAGGCUCACACUACAAAAGUUGGUAUCAUUUUCAAACCCGAAUCCCUUAAGAGUCUGACAAAUGCAGCAUUUGAUGUAUUGAAGUCUCUAUCAGAUACUGAGUAUUUAAUUAUAUCAGUUUUGGCUCAAUUGAAGCCUGUGAUACUUUCUCAAAUAUUUUAUGACGAGAUAUGUGAUACUAAUAAACUCAUACUCCAGUCAAGCUAUUCUUUCGCCAUUGAGUUACUUGAUAUAUUUGAUGGCUUAAAUGAUAAUAAUGAAUCUGACGAGGAGAAUAAGAAUGGAAUUGAUAAACGAUUGGUAUCGGUUGGUCAAAUAUGGGGACAUUGCGAUGAGCUAGUAAAGCUUUUAAAGGGAGGUAACUUGGGUUUACUUUCAUCCAAAAUAAAGCAAAGUAUUCUUCUUAUUGAGGAUGGCUUUGACGAGUUUGAGGAAUGGGCAAACGAUCCUCAGGAUAUUGAUGAUGGUGAUCCGUUUGGUUUUAGUGAUGAUGAAAGCCUCGAGGAAGACCAAGGCUCCAGCCUGUCCCUUGAUAGUCCUGGAGAUUCAUCUGAAAGUAAAAAGGAGUUGAUAGAAUUCUCGAAAAAAUGGGUACAGAAAAUCAAAUUAGUUAAACUCUUGCUUUCAUCUUUGGUAAAGUCAUUGCCUUCUGUUCCUAAAGGUGAGGUAGUUGAUAAAAUAUAUCUUGAUCAGAAAAAGCUUGUUUCGUACAUUGAUAAACUCAUUGUCGAUUUGAUGUUAAAUCAAACUGUGGACGUAGAGGCCAGAGAUAUAGAGAGAAAUAUAAAUAGAAUCUGCACAAAGCUUCUCAAAUCAAUCAAAGAAAUUAACAAGUCUAAUGAAACCAAGAUCAGGUGGUGCUCAGCAUGGGAAUCAAAAUUCAAUGAACAAUAG